AUGAAGACAUAUUUGAUUCCACAGAUGACAUCAAGGACUUAUGAGAAAGAGAUAGAUCAAUGGGAUAAAUACUUCAGGUCGGACCGGACUACUUCAUCACUCCUAAAACAUAUGGACUACAAAAUCGUUAAUAUGAGUGAUGACGUCAUUAUAUUAUUCAACGGAUUGUCUAACUAA